GACCUUUUCGGGCAGGCAAAGCAUCGGGGGCGGCGCGGGCUGCCGGCAGCCAAUAAAUUAGGUGAGUAAUGUAAUAAAAAUAAAUUAAUAACAAAAAUCAAUUACUUAAAUUUAGGGAUGACAACAAAACCCGAACCCACGGGUACCCACCCAACCCAAUCCGGUCAACGCGGGUAAAACCAAUGUUGACGGGUUUUGGAUCGGGUUAGGGUUUAAACCCGCUACACUAUUCACCGAGUUGGGUUGGGUUUGGGUUUAGGUAAACCCGCCCCAUGGGUACCCGCCCACACAUAUAAUUACGUUCGCGGUAUAUUUAAUAUUCUAAAUAAUAUAUCUUCUUUAAACAACUAAUAUUAUUUAUGUUUGUGGAGACAUGUAUAAUUUGUUCUUUCUAAUUAUUUAGAAUGAAGUUGAUAUUAUGGAGUGGAGAGUGAAGAAACUUAUUUGACGAGGAAGAAGAUUUCAAUUAAUCUUGUUGUCUAUAGAUAUUUAUCUUUAAUUUUGAACAAUUUGUAUUGAUCAUUUGCGGUUUGCUUGUAUGUUCUAGAUUGGUAUCUUUUGUAUGAAUAAUUCGUAUGAGAAAAUUGAUGUUAAACUUUUAUUUUGAAAGAAAUUUGUUAUUGUAAAUUUUUACCACAAAAACCCACGGGUACCCAUGAACCCGCGGAUACCCAGCAGGUUGGGUUGGGUUUGAGUUUUUCAAAACCAGCGGGUUUUACCCCGGAUUUUUUUGGCGGAUAAACCCAUGGGUUUGGGUUUGACAAAACCCGCCCCAACCCGACCCAUUGCCAUCCCUACUUAAAUUAUGUAUCUUCUGGAGGCAGGUUGCUAUUUGGAAACACAAUUAGUUCAUUAAUUAAAUAUUAAUGCUUCAUUUUCUUAUUUAUUGCCGCCAAUAAACAUCCGGAUUCGGAAUCCCCAUUUCCAGCACAAAUACGGCUCUAUGGCUCUAUCCAUUGUUAUGGACGUCGCCGAUUAAUUAUAAUUUAUUUAUUUAUCUAAUUAUAAAUGCGGAGUUUUUUGUAUAAUGGAAAACCGACUGAAGUUUAUAGUUUUCCUUUGGUUUUCUGAAUAGGGAGGCCAGCGUUUUGACCAAUUCGGAAUUGACAUUUUUCCAACUUAUAUGGUAGAUUGAAUUACUACACUUUAAUUUACUCGUAAAAAUAACCAUGUACUUACAAAAUAAUAAAAAUAAUAAAUCAGAAGAUAACAUAUAUAAAAUAAAAUUACUAUUAUAGUUAGGUCUUGACAAAACUUGAAUCGAUCGAGGGAGGGAGACCGUCUUUUUACAAACUUUCCCCGGCACAUUUUGCUUUGUUAUAAUACAACAAUGGCUCCUCGAUUAACUACUAAUUAAUUAGCAGCAGCAUGCUGCCAGUGCGACAAUAAAAAUUAUUAUUAUUAUUAUAUUAUGGCCGUCGGCGCAUAAAUGAGUACUCUUGCGAAUUAUAAUAUAAACCGUAUAAGUUAAUGUGUUAAUUAAAGGAUUAGAUGCGAAUCGGUUCGCGGGGCAUAUUAUGGGUCGGGAAUUCGGUCAUAAUGUUGAAUGCCCAUGUUUGCCCAAAUCAGAUUCACUUUCGCUUUACCAAUAAAUGGAAUCAAACCGCCGCAGUAAUAAUAAGUGGAGGUAUGGGUUGGGCGGCAGGCAGGCAAGAAUCAUAAUUUUUCUACCAACUGUGUUUCGAUCCGGUUUUUUGUGGGUAUUAGAGUGGUUGACGGGUUCGGUUCGGCCAACCACUUUGCUGUGAUGGGUUUGGCUACUUAGUGUACCGUUACUGAGUUCUGUUUUUUUCAAGUAGCUCUUGUUUUGACACACUUUAGAUUGCAUUUGAACUAUGAUUUUAUAGCUCGUAGGCAACUACGUUUAUACACCUUGAAUCAUUGAAUAAUUCGAACCAUCACGUUUUGUUCAACCAUGUAUUUGUCUGUGUCUUCAAGAUAGAACGAAGAAAAUCACAUAAAUCUCGUUGCAUUUUUAUCGUUUAAUGGAUUUCUACAUUCUGCUCAUGGCUUCACCAACUUCUCCACAAUCCCCCCACCGGAGUCGUUUGUUCAGAUCGAACCAAACAAAAUCCAUUAGUUCCUACACCGGUCAAACCCGUCUCUUAUCGAUCCGAACCGAUCAUAUGCCGCCACCGAGUGGGUUGGUAAACAGGAAAGGGGGAGGAAGAGCGUGCUAGACACGGCGGAAUGGAUCGAGUGAAAUAAAUAAUAGGAAAACGCCGGGCCGAAAAAAAAUUAAAAAAAUGGCGUUGUGCGGGCAGUUGGGGGAAUUGUCAGGACACAGAGCCCAGCAAAGCAAACAGAGAGAGUACCGUAGGGACGACUGAAUCACUUCCUUCUUAAAUUUAGGCGGUGGGUUAACUUCUCACUGUAGAGAGCCUACACGGGACACGCGUCGCCUCACCAUUGGGCACCUCAUCCGCUUCCCCCGCCCUCUCUCUCACGGUCCACACGAGCGGUUCAAAGGGAUAAAGGCGUGGGGCUGGUUGGCUCCUUCCUUCCCAAUAAAAAAGAAAAAAGAAAAAAAAAGGAGGCUAUAAUCAAAAGGCGGCCCAUCACAAGAAUGGGGUGGGAAAUAUGGAUCCAAGUCACGCGGCGAGAUAGCAGAAUCUGCCGACAACUUGUUCAAACUCCCGUCUUUCCCUUUCCCCCCACGCGCCCCUCCCUAAUUUCCCGUCUUCUUCUUAAUCCCCCUUAUUACACUCCUAAACAAACCCCCCCCCCCCCCCCCCCCCCACCGCACAAUUCGGACACACUGAAUAAUAAUUUUAGGAGACAGGGCUGCCUUUUCCAGUUUCCUAGCGCAUAUUAAAAAAAUGUGCCGAAAUUAAAAAAAAAUAAAACUUAUAUCGGAUUAAUUAGUUGACGUCAGUACAGCCUAACAACGUCUCAUAAAUUUACGAUAUGUUCAUGUCACUGGAUUAUAUUUCAUGAUAACUGAUCAGUUUUUAACCAGUAUUUUGAUAACUUAUUCGGUGGUUAAAAACAAGCUAGAACAGCACAUGAUUAGCGGCAGCGGGGAAAUUAGGGAGAGAUUGGAGCCGACGCGCCGGCAUAGAUGGAGUGGGAGAAGGGGGGACAAACAUCCACCGCACGCAAUAUACAGUACGAUCGCAGCCGUAGGAUUGUUAAGCGCAUUUAAUUAAUUAAUUAAUUGUGGGGAACGGCGAAAGGAGGUGUAGAAUACCAGAAAUGCCCUUACGGAAAUUCAAUCCAAUGUCCUUGCUGCUCGCUCGACAGCCCACAUGCCACGAAAUCCGGGCACCACCGCCGCCCCUCCCUCCUUCUCAGUCAAAUCCGCCGUUGACUCCCACUUUUUUCUUCUCCCUCUCGCAUAAAUUCCACGUCAGCACCCACCCCCGCUAUAUAACAAACCAUUCCCCUUUCCCAUUCCUCCUCCCUGCUUCCUACCAUUCGCUGUAAAAAAAUCAACCCUUUUCCUUAAUUUUCCUUCUCUUCCCAAACAGAAAAAAAAAAAAAAAACGAAUGGCUCCCAGAGAGAAAAACACCACCGCCGCCGUAAAACCGAGCGGCGGCGGGUUGGAGGGCAAGGAGGCGCACUUUCGAGGAGUGAGGAAGAGGCCAUGGGGGAGGUACGCCGCCGAGAUCAGGGAUCCCGGGAAGAAGAGCCGCGUGUGGCUGGGAACCUUCGACACGGCGGAGGAAGCCGCCCGCGCCUACGACGCCGCCGCCCGGGAAUUCCGCGGGGCGAAAGCCAAGACCAAUUUCCCCUUCCCUGAUUCGUUCGUUUCUUCCCCCAUUCCGAUGGUGAGUAACAAGAAGGGAAUCGUCGCCGCCGCCGCCGCCAACCAUUUUGUCGCCGGGAAGAGCCGGAGCCCCAGCCAGACGAGCACGGUGGAGUCCUCCAGCAGGGAAGGUCCGGGAGCGCCGCCGCCGAUGAUGACGUUGAUGACCGACUCGUCUCCCCCUCUGGAUCUGAAUCUCGGUCCCAUGGGAGGCGGCGUCCGCUUCCCGUUUCAGCCGAUGGCGCCGCCGCCUGCGGCGGCGGCCAACCACCAUCCGCAUCACGUGUUUUAUUACGAUGCGAUGAUGAAGAGCGCGCAGUACCAGCGGAUGAUGUUCGAUCACCAUCGUCAGCAGCAGCAGCAAUACCACCAUCGCCCCCAGGCGAUGGUUAGCGGCGGCGGCGGUGUUGGGGUCCAGAGCGAUUCAGAUUCGUCCUCCGUCGUCGAUGCGAACCACCACCAGGCCAGCGAUCCAAACGCGACGUCGUCGGCGACGACCAGAUCUCUGGAUCUGGAUCUGAAUUUCCCUCCGCCGCCAGAGUCCGCCUGAUCUCUGCUUCUUUUUGUUCCCCCUCGCCGGCCGGAGACAUGGAAUCAACCUAAUCUGCCUGUUUUCCCCGUUAUAGCUGCCCCUUUUUUUGUUUUAUUUUACCGUCCCCUUUCAGAAUUAGGGAUCCCAAAUAGAAUUAGCAAAGGAAACAACAAAAAAAAUUGUAUUCCCACCAGAAAACAAACAUAGAAAAAAGGAACUAAGCUUAGUACUCCGGCGAGCCGAGCCGAGCCGGUGAUGGUUUAUCGAUCUGAGAUCGGAAAAAUAGAAAAACCAGAAACCACCAAGGCCGGCUCCGAUCUGUAAAGUAAUUAGUAAAAAGUCUGAUGGAAGGAAGGAUCGAUCUCCCUCCCCUGUUUUUUUGCGACGAGAGAAUUACUCUUGUUGUUCAUAACUAGUUCGUUCUACUGUACCCUUCCUUCAUUUGAUCAAUGGAAAUGAAUCGAAAAUUCUCAGUUCAUUCUUUCAAUUCAUCUGCUGUUGUUACAAUAUUUAUGCACCGUCGCCGGUGUUGGUUUGGAUAAGAGGGAGAAAAAGAAAUCGUUUGUUUGAAUGGGAAUCGCGGCGGUAUGCUGCCGGCCGGCAACCGUGAUAAGUACGAUGCGUUUUUGUUUAAUAUUUAAUUAAUUAAUUGACAUGUUUAAUUAAGUAAUUAAUUAAUAAUAAAAUCAGGGCGGGGGAGGCGUUUGUUGAAAAUGAUGUCAGGCAGGAAAAUGCGGUGUUGGGGUGGUGGGAGGAUUUAGGCUUUUGACUGUGGGGGUGAUUACGGAGAAACAGGUGUCCUUAUUACGGCUUUUACCGACGAUUCUCUUCUCUUUCCCGUUCCGUUCCGGGGAUUCUUAUAGUUAGGCGAAGAAAAUGACGUGGAAUUAGUUGAUUGAUCGCUGUAAACAAUUUUUUCUUACGCGACCGAAUAUCUUCAAUAAAUAAAAAUAAAAGACAUUUUUUAUUUAUAAUUCAGCUGGUUUUCCGUUUGGGGUCGGUUUCGUCGUCGGCUGAAGCAAACGACGACGUGUAGCGGUGGAAAUGGGAGGAGUUGUAGGGCCUUGUCUGUGAGGUAUACUUACUCAAGGGAAAGUAUCAUCGAGAUUAUCAUAUCCUAACAACAUAAGAAGGGAACAAUCCAAGAUACCUGUGGCAUAGUCUUAUGGCAACUAAGAAUGUGGUUAAGACUAGCUUCAUAUGCAAGAUUGGAGAUGGUGAGCAGGCAACAAUAUGGUGGGACAAAUGGAGAUCAGACUCACCAACUUUCCAAAUAGAAUAUGUAGUAAAUUAGUCAUAGCUUCGGGGAUGCAAACAAAGGUAUCUCGCCUUAUUGAAACAUGAAUGAGAACAUGAAUGAGAACAUGGCGAAAGGCACCCAUACAAAAUAACUUCAACCCAGUGAAGGAAGAGAAUACUAAAGCUUGCAUCCCAAAAACAUCAACAAUUGAUAAGUUGGUUCAAGGUCUGGAGAAGUAUGGAAAAUGUAGUGAAAUAUGGGUUUGGGAAUUGGAAAAAGUUGCAAAAAUGGUGGAAGGGGAUACAUACAUCACAAUCGAUUGACAAUGAUGAUAAGUAAACGCAAUAACUUGGAAUUGUUUGAUAAUUGUUUGAAAUUAGCUUCGUUUUGUUGUUGAACACACCAAAUUGGAAUAUAAUUUUGGAUUAAUU